AUGGAGCCAUCCUCGAGGAAGGCACUGGUGCAUGUCAAGAAGGAGUUGGUGUCGAUCGAGCCAAAGGGCACGCCGCCGGCCGACAAGCGGCAUGACGAAAAGGCCAAACCUCGCGGCGCCAAAGCGUUCAAAGACCUGACGCCCGAAGAGAAGCUGCUCGAGAUCGUGCGCCACAGCCUACGGCCAUUCUCGGAUCGUCUUGAUCCUUUCGCCGCCUUGCCCGUGACGCUCGACCGCUUCCAGGAGCACCUCAUCAGCUUCUACUUGCUAUACUAUCCCAAGGCGACGUACGGGUUCAGCCCGCGACUGCGCCCGCACCCCGUCGCCAGCAACUUCUCCAUCGCGCUGACCACGCCGGCAUGUUUCCAGGUCAUCAUGGCGCGCUCGGCGCUGUACCGCAUCUCGCUGAACAAGUACGCUAGUGAGGCGGAGAGGUCGUCUCUUGAACUGGCUGUAAUGCGGCACAAGGGGGAGGCAUUGAAGUUGGUACGUGUGUUGAGCAGCAAACUGACACCCAAACGCAAGGAUGAUCUGCUCGCCUCGAUCAUCAGCCUGGGCACCUUUGACCGGCGGUCUGGGUCUGAAGAAGCGGCAGGCUUGCACUAUCAAGCGGUGCGGCGCAUCCUGAAGUCGACGGGCGGUCCGCUGGCCGUGAACUCGGUGCUCCUGUCGCGCGUCAUGUGCUUCUUCGAAUGCAUCUACGGCACCAGUCCCGAAAGCUAUAUCUGGGACGACUCCGACGUGCAGAGACUUGUCCACGGCCUGAACGGCUUUCUCAAGAAGCUGCGAGAAUUCUGGCAGUCCCUCUCGACCAUCAACGCUUUGACUGCGCAACUUGUCGGCGACAAUAGUGGACGGCACAAAGAGGCAGAACCACGACCCAUCCACUCGUUCGGCAUUCGGGAAGGCUCAACACUGCUUGGUCUCGUCUCCAGACAACCUCCACCAUCCGCGGAACUCACGCAGCAACGCCGCCUGGAAAUGAUUUUCCAGCUCACCUGCCUCCUCACCCUCGGGAUGAUCACCAUGGAUCUCGCCAACGACUUCCGCGCCCUGCAGGCGUACAUGGACAGUCUGCACGCGUCUAUUGAGAAGCUCCAGCUGGCGGGCCUGAGUUGCAACAACGCUAUGUGGCAGAUUCAGGUCAAUGACCACAGUGAACCCCAUAGUCGGCGGAUAUGGCGGGCCGCCAGCUUUGCCUGGGUCAUGAAACAUUGCACCUACAGUGUUCAGUUGACGCUCAAGGAGUGGCUGCUUGCCUUUUUCACCGGGAAGCCUGUCCAGAAGCCGUACCGGCUAGAUGCGUUCCAUUUCAGCUACGCUGGCUGA